GAGAGUUGUGAACAAAAUCUUCCACCUCGCAGCUCAGAUCAGAUAAGAAGCAGGCAGAAACAGAUUCGCGUAGAUCGCCAUGGAUUCAGCUGCUCGAAGGAGUGGCGGAGACCUCUUCGAAAGUCUAUACAGGGUCAUCAUGCGCCGUAACUCCAUCUACGUCACCUUCGUCAUCGCUGGAGCCUUCCUUGGCGAGCGGGCUGUAGAUUAUGGAGUUCAUAAGCUGUGGGAGUACAAUAAUGUUAGGAAACGAUAUGAAGAUAUUUCAGUUCUGGGGACAAAGCAAUCGGAAGAAUGAGAUUAUAGAUGCUUCUCUUUGACCGUUAUAAAGUUCUCA